AUGCCAGCGCCUUUGGUAUCACAGCUCUAUGUUUGGUAUGAAGCCCUCAAGUUGGUUAUGCGAUAUACUACGGACAAUCGCCAGCUGCGGCGGCAAUUCUUGGUUCUCGCGCUUGCAUCAGUGGUGCGGACUGGCACGCUCGUGGCCAAGAUGCGAAUGAACGAGAUGCAGGUUUAUUAUCAAAACUCUGGCCAGCUUGGCAAGUGGGUGCGGUCCAUGAUUGAGGGUGUCCUGGCAUGUGGUGUUAUUGCUGGGCUCACCAGCUGGCAUCAGUAUGCUGAGAAGGCCCUGGCUCGGAUGUGGAGGCAAGCACUGACGACGCGACUACAUCAAUUGUACUUCGCCAGCUCCCACUUCUAUCAGAUUGUUCAAGGCGGCGAGGCAGAGGGUGCGGUCGUCGACGCAGACGUACGGCUCACAACUGACGUCCCAGCUUUGGCCACGAGUGUGUCAAGCUUGCUUUCCCAGAUGCUCGGAGGAGUUGUCGAUGUGAUCGCGUUUUCCGCGAUAUUGGCCAGGCAGGGACGGAGAGGCAUCCUCUUUGCAGCUACCACUCAGUUCUAUGGCAUUUCCCUCUACAUAUUGUCCAACUACAUCAUGCCGGUGGAUUGGGCGGGGUUGCUGGGUGGCGCUGCUGCGACAGAUUCCGCACUAAAGCAAAGCCUCAGCCGCGCAGAGACACAUGCCCAGGCCAUCUGUGCCCUGCAAGGAGGUGCUCCAGAACUACGCGAUUUCAAUGGCAAGCUUCGUGCAGCGCUGGCGGCGAAAUGGCGAGCCUUUGUAGGUCAAGACAGGCUGGACACAGUGCUGUACUACUUCAUCUUCUCUUGUCUGGAGCAAUCUCCGCUGGGCUGGCUGACCUACCUUUGGGGAGUUUCCAGCUUGAUGGCUGGCCGCUCUGUUCGGGCUGGUGGUGAAGCCGGCCAUGUUCUUGGCUACACCGAGCGCAGCCAUAUGGUGGCUGAAGGCUACAGUCGUGGCAUCCAAUUGUUUUGGGGUGGCAACUUCCUGCUCUGGGCUACCUUUCGGAUUGUUUUCGCUCUGCAUCAGGUGCUGCAGAAUUACGCAGCUAUCAUGCGAAUCCAGCAUUUGGAGAAGAAGUUGGUGGCCACGGCACAGCCGCAGACUCGCGUACACGUCUCAACUGAAGACUGCAUUGAGUUCAAGGAUGUUUCUAUCCACACUCCGAGCAAUGCACUCUUGGUCGACCAGCUUUCGUUCUCUGUGCGCUGGGGCGAGGCUUUGCUCCUCACUGGCCACAAUGGGGCCGGCAAAAGCUCCAUCUUCCGCUGCCUCGGCGGGCUGUGGCAGAUCAAGAAUGGAAACAUUGUGCGGCCACGGAACACAGUUGAGAAUGACGGAAUUGGCCUGACGGGCGUAGUGUACUACCUUCCGCAAAGACCAUACAAUGCCCUGGGCACGCUGAUGGACGAGUUCUGCUAUCCGGACCCAGUGCCAGAGACCUUGACGCAGAAGGAGUUGCGCAGAUGGCUGGAUUUUGUCGAUUUGGGUCACCUCGCCGACUAUCCAGGCGCCUUCACACGGCAGAUUGACUGGGAGCAGGUUCUGUCGCGGGGCGAGCAGCAGCGUCUUGCCAUCCUUCGCCUGUUCUGGAGGCGACCCAAGUUUGCGGUGCUUGACGAGUGCACAUCAGCAGUGAGCGGUGAAAUGGAACGGCGCCUUUUCGAAUUGUGCCCAAAGCUUGGCAUUUCCUGCAUCACCAUAGCCCACCGCCCGGCGCUGUUGCAGUAUCAUCAGCAGCAGCUAUCGCUGACCGGCAAGCCUACCGAAAAUGGAGGUUGGAAACUCACCAAGAUUGAUGGUGGCUCUGCAACUUUCAAUCCAGAAGCCUGCAGUGACAUCGAUGCCCCUGCCCUUAUUGAGAAGUAUAUGGCCGGUCGUGCGAUUAAGCUCUCCGAAGCUCGCAAGAGCGAAUGCGCUGAGAUUACCCAGGAGCGCUCGCGCAAGUUCGAGGAGUCUAGCACACGUUCACUGCUGCCUCGGGACAUGGAGACCAGGGUCUUUCAUCCUGCCCUCUUGACCGGCCUCUGGCAGCGCCCGGCUGUUUGGCGUCUGGUCGCGUUCGCGCUCUGCCUGGUUGUGCGCUGCCCCCUCCUGAUAGCUGCUUGGAGGUCGGUGGGGGACAUCAUCGUGAGCGCAUUGUCAGGCGAUGUGGGAUUCAUCCGCCGUGCGUUCAGGAAGAAUUUGCUGCUGUCCCUUUUGACGCUGAUUCUGGAUCGAGUCAUCAAGCGUCUCUCAAACAGUUUGGCCAUGCUGCUGCAGGAAGGACUGUCUUUGAAAGUCCAUGAGCUCCUGCUGAAGAAGCAUGCCAUCCACCAUGGCAUGGCCUGGCAGCUUCCAUCCGUUUGGCCUCCUGGAGUACGGGCGGCUGAGGUGUCUGGCUUUGGAGAUACGUUGCUGCUCUUCGUGGAGCAGUCUUUGAAACCUUGUGUGCUGGCAUUCUAUGGUGCGGCUCUGUCGUUGUCCACUGGAGGUUGGAGAGUUCUGGCCCUCUACCUGCUGAACAUGCCACUUCACGGCCUCGUCUCUAAAUACGUAAUGCCCAACUAUGCCAUCCAUUUGGGCGGAUUGGCUGACAAGGAGGCCAAGUUCAAGACUGUUCACUCUCGCUUCCGCCAGAACUUGGAGCCUAUUGCCUUUUCCGGGGGUGGCCGCGCAGAACAGCGAAUCAUCGAGGAACGCUUCGACGACGUAAUAAGGACGCAGCAUGCGCUAGACAACGAAGACAUCCUGUACCAGGCCGCCACCGAUUUUCUGACGAAUGGUAGCUUAUUGCCUCUGUCAUUCAUGCGAAUCCUUUCCAUGUAUUACACGAUGAAGCAUUCCUCGGCAGUGAGCAUUGGCGCCAUAUCCCCGGCGGAACUUAAUGGCAUGUGGGCUUUUGACCGUGGAACGACGCUCGCCUUCAACAACAUGUCUGCUGUCUGCAGAUUGCCCGAACGCCUUACAAAUCUGUAUUUCUCCAUGGCCCGCUUCUCGGAGUUCCUCAGCGGCCUGGAGCAUGCAGCGCAGAUGGCCCCCACGGUUGCCACAGCCCGGAACGUGGCGGAUGAGCCUGUAUUGACUGUCCGAGACCUCGAUGUGGUGACGCCAGGUGGUAAAGAAGUGCUGGCACUGCACAUGGCCUUCCAGGUGAAAGCUGAUAAUCCCGUGGUCAUCACUGGGCCCAAUGCAUCAGGAAAAUCUUUGCUUGCAGAUCACCUUGCCGGACUUCGUCCCCCUGGCACUGUGAACGCUUCGGUGACUUUCUGCGGGACUUCAGUGUUCCGCAUUCGGCCAUUUCUUCACGACCUGCUUCUAAUUCCACAGAAGCCCUACUUGGCUCCAGGAGGGCUUGGCGAUCAGGUGUGCUACCCUCUAAACGGCCAAGACCAGGAUCCCAAGAUGCUGCAAGAAGCUUUGGACGCAGUCGGCAUUGGAUAUCUUGUUGAUCGUCAUGGAGGGCUCUUUGUUAAGCCCAAGCUGCAGUGGGAUGAGAUACUGUCAGGUGGCGAGCAGCAGCGCAUAGGCAUUGCACGCUGCCUCUUCCACCGGCCACGGAUAGUUAUCCUCGACGAAUGUACCUCCAUGGUUUCCCAGGACACAGAAGUCCAGCUUUACAAAGCCAUCUCUGCAACUGGUUCUGUGCCAAUCACGGUUUCUCAACGCCUUACGCUGCCGGAGCUCCAUGCGCAGGAGUUGCAACUGGGCUGCGACACUCUGGCCAUUGACCAAGAUGUGAAAGUAAAUGGCAAGUCGGUUAUUGGGAACAUUUGCCUGUUGGAUUUGUUGCUCUUCUCGCCGUUCAGAGCCUUGAAGAAAGUCUGCACGGAGAUCGGCAUCGCUCCAUGGCGUUUCAUUGGCCAGACACCAGAGAUGAGAGCUGCGUCGCGGACGGCUGCAGGGCGACGAGUUGCAGAAAUUCUUCAUUGGUUGGCGGCACAUCGUUUACAGCUUGGUGUACAGCAGUGGGUGGCGUUAGACGACAUGGAUUUGGCUGGCAGCUGUCAUCCUCAGCUUCGGGCUAACAUGGUCCGAACGGAUGUUCACAGAGGUCUGCAGCCAGAACAGGUGGAGGGUGCACUCUCCGUAUUGGGAGUUGGUCAGCCAACUCGCGUGCCGCUUCUUGCAAGUGUGCAACCACCACCCAAAGGUAUUGUUCUGGGUGUUGACGGCACGCUCAUCGGCUUUGCGAAUGUUUGCCGCCCUUGGGGGUCGUUUGUAGCCUUCUCGGAACCGGCGUGCAUCCAUGAGGACCACAUAGCUGUCUUCGCACGCCCGCAUUUGCAGAAAUUCUUGGAUUUCUGUUUCGAGCGCUUUGAAGGCGUAGCCAUUUGGACAACUUCUGGUGCCGGCUUUUGCGAAACGGUCGUUGCGGAGGUGCUGUUGCGGCAUCGAAACUGGUGUUUUUGUUGGUCUCAGCAGCGCUGCAGUGAACAUGCAAGGUAUCAGCAUGCUGAUGGUCUUGCACAUCCGACUUGCAAGCGACUCCGCAAAGUGUGGAAAUCUGCGACAAGGCGUCGUCGUGGCUUCCGCCGCGACACCACCAUCAUUGUGGAGGACACAUUCGGCAACUGCCACUUCAAUCGGGGCAAUGCCGUGAUCGUGCCAACCUUUGACGUUUCGAAGGCAUCAGCAACACAAGAUGAUAUCUUGCUCAAGUUGAUGCAGUACCUGGAGGCAGAGGUGCUUCCUGCUGCAGAUGUGCGCCGACGGCCCUGGUUUUAG